AUGAUGAUGAUGGUGGUGGUGGUGGUGGUAGUGGUGAAGAGAAAGAGUGGAGAUCACCGGGCGUCAGGAUGUCAGGAAACUGACAUGAAGAUCAUCAUCUUGGUUAUUAUUUUGCUGCUUUUGUGUCUCUUGGGGAUUCUGGGCAAUGGAGUCAUCACUGCAGUAUUAGGCAUGAAGUGGUUGCUACGGAGAGCCUUGUCACCUUAUCAUAAAUUAUUGGUCAGCCUGGCACUCUCUCGCUUCUGUCUGAAGGGGGUGGUGAUAGGUAAGAGUAUUUAUAUUUUCCAGCGUUUAACAGUCUUCCCUUAUAACCCCAUCAUGCAACUCAUAACCUUCCUGUGGGACUUUUUGAAUGCUCUCACCAUAUGGUUUUGUACCUGGCUCGGUUUAUUCUACUGCAUGAAAAUUGUAAAGAUAACCCACCCUGUCUUCCUCCGGCUAAAGUACAAAGUGCCUGGCUGGAUACCAUGGAUGCAGUGUGGUGCUGUGGCAUUCUCUGGCUUGAAAACUAUCCUAGGCUUCAUAGGCAACCAGAUAAUGUACUAGGACUCUCUAAGGAAUGACUGGCAAUCUUGGAAUGCCACCGAGUAUAGCCUAAGAACCUCAUUUGAGAAGUUCUACUUCUUCUCUCUAGAACUGAUCAUGUGGACAAUCCCUUCUGCUAUGUUUUUGCUAUUCAUGGUUUUGGUCCUCACAUCUCUGGGAAGACACAUGAAGAAGAACUGAAUGAACACCCAAAGAUUUCAAGAUUCCCAGAUUCAGGCCCCUGCCAGACCUCUUCUCACUCUCUUCUCUUUCUUCAUCCUUUUCAUCUCCUGUUUCCUGUCAUUGGUUCUCAGUCCUGCCAAUACUUUUCCACCUCAGAAACGUGAGUAUUGGGUAUGGCAGGUGGUGAUUCUGUGCACAGCAAUUCACACUUACAUUCUGCUCUUCAGUGACCCCAGGUUGAGAGAAAUACUGGAGCGGGGUUCUUCUUCAAGGUGUGGCUCAUCCUGA